AUGUUGCAAAUUGAAAAUAGAGUUGAUUUAAUCUCAGCUGGAAAUAAAAUGUUUGAACAGAUAAGGGUAAGUGUAAAGGCUGGGCAUAUGCCAAGUCUCCCUAUAAAUACCAAAAUUGAAACAAAUGCAGCUGAUUUAACUGGUACUGUAAUAUAUAAAAUAGAUGAAAGACAACAGAGCAAGAAAAAUAAUACAAAUGAUGACUUAACUCCCAUUCUGUUUAUUAUAUGUGCUGAUACACCAUAAGAGACUAUCUAUCCGAGUGAUUAUAAGAAAUUGUUCAUGUUUAUAUCGCCUUCAAUAUUCGAUAGGUAGAAAUUCAUAAGGAAAAAGCUGAAAGUAACAUUGGUCCAAAGAAUUGCCAUAAUUAUCAAAUUUUUUACAAAAGUGGAAUAUCCCAUGUAGCUUUUGAGAAUUACCUCAAUAUUUUUAUCUGAUGAUAUGGACGAGGUUGGUUCUUCAAUCUCAAAAUUAUCAUUACUUUAGAGGGUAGUUUUGUUGAAAUCAGCUAUUUCAAGUAAAAUUGCUUUAGCAUCUAAGAAUUUCCCUUUAGAUGCUAAGUAUCUUGGAGAUUCUUUUAUCCAUAAUACCAUCACAGAAGAAAUAAGACUUAUAAUGGUUCCAAUAUAAAUCAUAGGCUCCCAUCUAUUACCAAUAUACAUGAAAUAUAGAGGACCACAUAUAGCAGCUAAUCCUUCUCCCAUUUAAGCAAUUGUAAUAGAUAUUGUUUCAUGCCUUUUCAUCACUAUCUCCAUUAUGUAAACAUAUCCCACACAUGGGUUAAUUGCUCCCACUAAAGUGGCUUUCUGCCAUACUUAUCACUGA